CUAUCGAGCAGUGACCCACGCCCAUCCCCCAGAGUACCAGAUCCCGACAUGAUCCUCGACGACAGCCCCCUUUACGGCGUGCAAGUCCUCGUCUUCGACCUCAUGGGCACCUGCACCGACUGGCACACCUCCAUCGUCGCUGCUAUGCUCCGGCAGGCGCCCCCGCCCCCGCUCACCGACGCCGACCUCCCUGUGCUUGCUAUGGCCUGGCGCACGGGCUUUUUCCGCGCCAUCUUUGCGUCUUACACUGCGGGCGAGCAGGCGCCCAGCAUCGACGAGGUGCACGCACGAGUGCUGGACGCGAUACUCGCGGAGCGGGGCGUCGGCACCGAGGUCUGGAAUGCAUCUGUGCGUGAGCAGCUGGUACACGCGUGGCACGACCAGCAAGCAUGGCCAGACAGCGUCGAGGGCAUCCGGAGGCUGAAAGAGCGAUGCAUGGUCGUCGUGCUCGCAAACGGGACCACGCGCCUCCAGCUCGACAUCGUGCGCGCGGCGCGACUGCCCUUCGACACGCUCUUUUCGUCGCAGAUCCUGCAUCUCACGAAGCCCGACCCGGCGGCGUAUGCCACGGCCCUCGCGCUCGUCGGCGUGCGCCCCGAACAGGCAGCGAUGGUCGCCGCGCACGCGUACGACCUGCGCGCGGCCGCAAAAGCGGGGAUGCGGACCGUGUACAUUCGGCGCGCAACGGAAGACCCAGACGAGGACAUGGACGCAGUCCGGUCCGAAGUGGACGUGUUCAUUGACGGGGCGGGCGGGCGUGGAGGCCUACUUGCGCUGUCAGAGCUCAUGGGGUGCUGA